ACGUCAACGCGGUGACGUCACGCGCGUGCGACGCACCUGUCGGGGCUCCGACUUCUGCAGCUUCUCUUCCAGUUCAGCGGGUCAGGGCCGGUCGGGUCGGGAGCGCACAGCCGCCAGCUCAGUGCGGGUGCGCUCGAGGCGGGCCGGCCGUCUGGAGGAUGAGGCUGGAGUGGGCGGAGGCGUGAGAACCGCAUUACUUUCCUCCCAAGGUGGAGCGCGGCUGCUCCUGUAGUCCUCGGAGAGCGCAGUGAGCCUGGAGACUCAAGUCCGGGCAGAGGCUGGUUGACUUGAGGGCCCGCUAGAAGCCGGAGGAUUGGACUUCACCCCGAAACCAGCCUCCGCCAGUCCCACCUGGCCGCAUUUACUUAACCUCUCCUAAGAGCCCGGUAGCAGUGAAGUCCGCCGGGGUGGCUACCCGGCAGCCGUGUCCGGGUGAAGCUCCCGGGGCGGCUGGCGCGCGAUCUCGAGCAGAUGCGGGGUCCACAGGCAGCGCAGCCACCAGCCUCCGAGCUUGCUAUGCCUCUGAGCUGCAAGAUAACCAGACAGCUAAAUGGAGUCUGAGCAGCUGUUCCAUAGAGGCUACUAUAGAAACAGCUACAACAGCAUAACAAGCGCGAGUAGCGAUGAGGAGCUCCUAGAUGGAGCAGGUGCUAUUAUGGACUUUCAGACUUCUGAAGAUGACAAUUUGUUAGACGGUGAUACAGCAGCUGGAACUCAUUAUACAAUGACAAAUGGAGGCAGCAUUAAUAGCUCUACACACUUGCUGGAUCUUUUGGAUGAACCUAUCCCAGGUGUCGGUACAUACGAUGAUUUCCAUACUAUUGACUGGGUGCGAGAGAAGUGUAAGGACAGAGAAAGGCACAGGCGGAUCAACAGUAAAAAAAAAGAAUCAGCAUGGGAAAUGACAAAAAGUCUCUAUGAUGCCUGGUCAGGAUGGCUUGUAGUUACAUUGACAGGACUUGCAUCAGGGGCACUAGCUGGGUUGAUAGACAUUGCCGCUGACUGGAUGACUGACCUGAAGGAGGGCAUCUGCCUCAGUGCAUUGUGGUACAACCAUGAGCAGUGUUGUUGGGGCUCUAAUGAAACGACGUUUGAAGAGAGGGAUAAAUGCCCACAGUGGAAAACAUGGGCAGAGUUAAUCAUAGGUCAAGCAGAGGGACCUGGAUCUUAUAUCAUGAACUACAUUAUGUACAUCUUUUGGGCUUUGAGUUUUGCCUUUCUUGCUGUUUCCUUGGUGAAAGUAUUUGCUCCGUAUGCCUGUGGCUCUGGAAUUCCAGAGAUUAAAACUAUUUUGAGUGGAUUCAUCAUCAGAGGUUACUUGGGAAAAUGGACUUUAAUGAUUAAAACCAUCACAUUAGUGUUGGCUGUGGCGUCUGGUUUGAGUUUAGGAAAAGAAGGUCCCCUGGUUCACGUUGCCUGCUGCUGUGGAAAUAUUUUUUCCUACCUCUUUCCAAAGUAUAGCACAAAUGAAGCUAAAAAGAGGGAGGUGCUGUCAGCCGCCUCAGCUGCUGGUGUUUCCGUGGCUUUUGGUGCGCCGAUUGGAGGAGUUCUUUUUAGUUUGGAGGAGGUUAGCUAUUAUUUUCCUCUCAAAACUUUAUGGAGAUCAUUUUUUGCUGCUUUGGUGGCGGCGUUUGUUUUGAGAUCCAUCAAUCCAUUUGGUAACAGCCGUCUGGUCCUUUUUUAUGUGGAGUAUCAUACACCAUGGUACCUUUUUGAACUGUUUCCUUUCAUUCUUCUAGGGGUAUUUGGAGGGCUUUGGGGAGCUUUUUUUAUUAGGGCAAAUAUUGCCUGGUGUCGUCGACGCAAGUCCACCAAAUUUGGAAAGUAUCCUGUUCUCGAAGUCAUUAUUGUUGCAGCCAUUACUGCUGUGAUAGCCUUCCCCAACCCAUAUACAAGGCUUAACACCAGUGAACUGAUUAAAGAGCUGUUUACAGAUUGUGGGCCGCUGGAAUCCUCCUCUCUUUGUGACUACAGAAAUGACAUGAAUGCCAGUAAGAUUGUUGAUGAUAUUCCUGACCGUCCAGCAGGCGUCGGAGUAUAUUCAGCUAUCUGGCAGUUGUGCCUAGCACUCAUAUUUAAAAUAAUAAUGACAGUGUUCACUUUUGGUAUCAAGGUCCCAUCAGGCUUGUUCAUCCCCAGCAUGGCCAUUGGAGCAAUCGCAGGGAGAAUCGUGGGGAUUGCGGUGGAGCAGCUCGCCUACUAUCACCACGACUGGUUUAUCUUCAAGGAGUGGUGUGAGGUUGGGGCUGACUGCAUCACUCCUGGGCUUUAUGCCAUGGUCGGUGCUGCUGCCUGCUUAGGUGGUGUGACAAGAAUGACUGUCUCUCUGGUGGUCAUUGUUUUUGAACUUACUGGAGGAUUGGAAUAUAUUGUUCCUCUUAUGGCUGCAGUAAUGACCAGUAAAUGGGUCGGUGAUGCCUUUGGUAGGGAAGGUAUUUAUGAAGCACACAUCCGACUCAAUGGGUACCCUUUCUUGGAUGCAAAAGAAGAAUUCACUCAUACAACCCUGGCUGCUGAUGUCAUGAGACCUCGAAGAAGUGACCCUCCCUUAGCUGUUUUGACACAGGACAAUAUGACAGUAGAUGACAUAGAAAACAUGAUUAAUGAAACCAGCUAUAAUGGCUUUCCUGUUAUAAUGUCAAAAGAAUCUCAGAGAUUAGUGGGAUUUGCCCUCAGAAGAGACCUGACAAUUGCAAUAGAAAGUGCCAGAAAAAAACAAGAAGGUAUUGUUGGCAGUUCUCGGGUGUGCUUUGCACAGCAUACUCCAUCUCUUCCAGCAGAAAGUCCUCGGCCAUUAAAACUGAGAAGCAUUCUUGACAUGAGUCCUUUUACAGUAACGGACCACACCCCAAUGGAGAUUGUGGUAGACAUCUUCCGAAAGCUUGGUCUGAGGCAGUGCCUUGUAACUCACAAUGGGCGCCUCCUUGGCAUUAUAACAAAAAAAGAUAUCCUCCGUCAUAUGGCCCAGACGGCAAACCAAGACCCCGCUUCAAUAAUGUUCAACUGAGUCCUGGAGAUGAGGAAAGAGAGGAGACAGAAGAGGAAGUUCGUUUGUUGAAUAGCACAAUUCUUUAAUCUGCGGGACUCGUCCACUUCUUUCUUCUUUUAAAAAAAAAAAAAGGAAAGGAAA